GACUUUACCGAAAGAACCAAGAAUACGAUGCCUGAAUUGGUCCUGGGUACCCCCGGCUAAAGCAACCCGCAUUGACGAGCGUGGUGAAGUAUGGUCAAAGAACUGGCACGACCGACGUGGUCUUCAUCCAGCAGUGGAUUGACAGAUGUAUGCAGUGAGCACACACAGCAGGUUCCACUCAAGACUUUCCGACGCCACUGAAUUUCUUUGCGAGCCAGCGCAAGAAGUUUGUGGAAAGCAAGGAAGCCUUGAGCACAAAUGGGAGCCCUCGGCUGGCCGGUGACUCCAUGCAGGACUUGGACUCUUCACCCUUGACCCCAUACACGGACCGCUCUACCGAGGCGCCCGCCUCUCUCCCAGGGAGCCCCCCAACACCAAUAGACCCUAAAACAUGCAACCCUCGGGAGUACCUGGAACACUUUAUUUUCCCGGUGCUGCUACCCGGUCUCGCAGAGUUGCUGUCUCAGGCCCGGCUACACAGAUGCUUUGAGAGAAAAAAGACAAAGUUCUUCCCUUGUGACUUCCUUGCAGAGUGGUUAUACAACAAAAACCCUGCAAGGUGUCAAGAGCAGCCGACAGAAGUCUUGGAAAUUCCCUUCGUCAAGGAGUGGCUGAGGGAUCAGCUCGCUAGUCCGAGGCCGCCACUGCCACUAUCCCUGCUGCUCACAGAGGAGCAAGCUGCCAUCAUCAUACAAGCCUUUUACAGGGGCUAUCUGGUUCGUCGCGAGCCCGAGGUGCAGGAGCUGAGACAGUGGCAGCGGGAGCUCCGCGAGGAGAGCCGCGACAUCCGCCUCAGGGUGGCCGACUUCUGGGCCAGCCGCGAGCCCAGCGAAGGUGCUCAAACCCCGAGUGAACUCGACGCCGGAGUCUCCAUCAACGUCAUCAGCCCAUCGCCGCUCAACACCCCCUUGCUGUGAUGCUCAGCACACCCGUUGCCGCUGUGGCCAGCCGGCUCGUCAUCAUCUUCGUCAUCGCCCAUGGUCUCUCCGCCGCUGGUUUGAGGGCUCUCCAUGAAGCCGAUCAUCUCUCCUAAUUUUGCAAUGUAGUAAUCCACCGAGCACCUGCACAUGAGCUUAUUUAAAAUAAAUCGCUCCAUCUCCUCUGUGAAUAUCCUUUCUGAUGCGUUUUACUAAACACAUGGGGGCAUAAUACUGUGUCAGGCGUGGAGCAAGAGCCGCAGCAGCCACAGCUGCAGCUAAAAACACGAGCCGAUAAAGCCAGGCCAUUAACGAAGCCUCUCUUUUGUUACGGGAUUUGACUGUGCAAACACGCGGACGGCCGUGCAAAUUGAUGCUUGCUUAUUCUAACGCCGCCGCCCCGCGAUGUAAUAAUACACGUAGAAGUCUCGAGACUCAGGUGAGGUUUUCCUGUGAAAAUAAUGAGCAAUUGCUUAUACCGCGAUGCGGCAAUAAACUGAAGUGUAUUUAAAAAAAAUAAAAAUCUGCUACUA